AUGGGGUUCAUGCUCAAGAAGCCAGAAGGCGUGCCAGGAAAGUCCUGGCCGGCCAUUGUCAUCGGUCUUUUCGUCGCCUUUGGAGGUGUUCUCUUCGGAUAUGACACAGGAACAAUCAGCGGCAUUCUUGCCAUGCCCUACUGGCAAGCCCUCUUCUCCACCGGCUACCGUGACGCCACCGGACACCUCAAUAUUACCUCCUCUCAGUCUGCCGCCAUCGUCUCCAUCCUCUCUGCUGGUACAUUCUUCGGUGCUCUGGGUGCUGCUCCCAUGGGUGACCGGAUCGGUCGUCGGUGGGGUCUGAUUGCUUCGGCCCAGGUGUUUAACCUGGGAGUCGUCCUGCAGACUGCCGCCACGGGUAUCCCCCUCUUCCUUGCUGGUCGCUUCUUUGCCGGUCUCGGAGUUGGUUUGAUCUCUGCUUUGAUCCCUCUUUACCAAUCUGAAACUGCCCCCAAGUGGAUCCGAGGCACUAUCGUCGGUGCCUACCAGCUCUCCAUCACCAUCGGUCUCCUGCUGGCCUCGAUCGUCAACAACUCAACCCAACACCGCAUGGACACCGGCAGCUACCGGAUCCCCAUCGCUGUCCAGUUUGCCUGGUCCAUCAUUCUUGUCGGCGGUAUGCUGAUCCUCCCUGACACGCCCCGGUACAUGAUCAAGAGUGGCAACAUCGAUGGCGCCGCCAAAGCCCUCGGCCGUCUCCGCCGCCUCCCUGCCGAUGACCCGGCCGUCCGCGAGGAACUGGCCGAGAUUCAGGCCAACCACGAGUACGAGCUUAGUCUCGGCAAAUCCACCUACCUCGACUGCUUCAAGGGCAACUUGCUCAAGCGGCUCCUGACCGGCUGCGGCCUGCAGGCCCUGCAGCAGCUCACUGGCAUCAACUUCAUUUUCUACUACGGCACCCAGUUCUUCAAGAACUCCGGCUUCAAGAACUCCUUCACCAUCAGUCUGAUCACCAACUGCGUCAACGUCGGCUCCACCUUCCCCGGCCUCUACGCCAUCGAGAAAUGGGGCCGCCGCCCCGUCCUCUUCUGGGGCGCCGUCGGCAUGUGCGUCUCGCAGUUCAUCGUCGCCAUCCUCGGCACCACCACCACCGGGCAGGACGCCGACGGCGUCAUCAUCGUCCACAACGAACCCGCCCAAAAGGCCGCCAUCGCCUUCAUCUGCUUCUACAUCUUCUUCUUCGCCUCCACCUGGGGCCCCAGCGCCUGGGUCGUCACCGGCGAGAUCUUCCCCCUCAAGAUCCGCGCCAAGUCCCUCUCCAUGACCACCGCCACCAACUGGCUGCUCAACUGGGCCAUCGCCUACUCCACCCCGUAUCUGGUCGACUACGGCCCGGGCAACGCCAACCUGCAGUCCAAGAUCUUCUUCGUCUGGGGCGGCUGCUGCUUCCUGUGCAUCUCGUUUGUGUACUUCUUGAUCUACGAGACCAAGGGUCUUACCCUCGAGCAGGUGGAUGAGCUGUACGCCGAGGUGAGCAGUGCCCGGCUGAGCAAGCACUGGACUCCCACCAUUACCUUCCGCGAGAUGCAACAGGAGAAGGCCCGGGAUGCGCAUUUGGAGACUGCUGAAGAGGCUGUUCCUAAGACGGCAUGA